CGAUUAGUUCACAAAAAUAAAUAAGUGAAUCCUAAAAAGAGGAAGUAAGAGCUGGGAGAGCUGAUCUAAAGCUAAUUUAAAGCUGUUUUGUUGCGAUGUAUGUCUCUUAAAUAUUCUGCGUUUUUCUAGCAGCACACACUGUCUCAGUUCUCACCGAAGUUCUCAGAUCUUGAUUGAAUUUUUCUAAAGAAAAUUCUGCUAAUGACUUCUGGAAUUAUUUUAUAAGCAGGAAACAACGAGUAAACAAUGUGUAGAAAAAUCCUGAUUUCUCUCUCUGCAGUCAUUUUGUGGAGUUUUGUAUUGUUUUCACUAGCUGAAAAAGAUAAAUAUACUUUCGAUGCAUAUUUAUUCUCAACAGACAAUGAUAUAUACAAAGGUAAUUUUAAGCUAUCUCUAUCAAUAAACGGAAUAGAAAUUAUACACUGGGAUGAGACAAAUAAAACGUUCUUGCAGCAGAUUGGAGGACUGGAAGAGCUGAUGCCAUUUCUUAACAGCUUAGUGAAGCUAAAUUCUGGAGGAACAAUGCAGUUACAUGAACGUAUCUUUAAAGUAAUGUCAGAAGAGACUCACAAUGCCCCAGCACCUAAUGAACUACCCGAUGUCUACAUUUACUUUGAAAAACCAAUUAAGUUUGGUGAAAAGAACAACCUGAGCUGUUUUGCUGUCAGAUUUUUCCCACUAUCCAUUCAAAUUACCAUUCUGAAAAACAAUGUUCUGCUUCCUAGUGAAAUAAAAUCAUCUGGGGCAUUGUUUGAUGACAACUGGAAAUUUCAGCUGCUAAAGUCUGCAGAAGUUAUACCAAUGGAUGGAGACGUGUUUUCAUGCUCGGUUGAACAUGUAAUUCUGAAGCAAACUAGAAAUGUGACAAUGGAGCCCAAGGAGCCUUAUACUCCAUAUGUGGAUCACAGUGGGACUAUAGUGGGUGCUGCUGGGACAGUCCUUGGAAUCACUGGAUUAUUACUGGGAAUUUUUUUAAUCAGGAAGCAUUGCACUGACAGAGAUGUUAUGUAAGAAGGGUGCUAGCAGUGUUUAUCUAUAUGUGUUUUCUUAUUUGAAGCUGAAAGGACUGAUUCGCCUGACUGCAAAUCCAUAAACCAAUGGACACAGUUGUAUCAUAAUUUCUGUUUUACAUAUUUUUAAAACAAAUUGUUUUUUUUCUUUAAUAUAAGAAAUGUUAAAGCUGUAUUUAUUUAAUGUUUUUAUGAAAUGUUAAGCAUCCUGACAUAAAACAUGUAUCCUGACAUGAUUGAAAGUAGUUUUAUAGAAGAUGUAUAUGUUGUACUGAAUGACACUACAGAUUUUCUUUUCAAAGAUUGUAUGUAUGUUAAUAACUAUAAUUUGGGGAAGUUAUAAAAUGAUUACCUCUACUCAGUAUUCAUGAAGGAGGAAGUGAAGAAAGGUGUAUAAAACCCAGCUAUAAGUUCAUAUCAUAAUGGAUAAAGGUGAGGGGAUAAAAAUGUAACUUUGAGUGAGAGAAUAGAAAUGUAACUUUUAAGUGGGUUACUUGUACAUGGAUGAAGUGUAUCCUUUUUGAAUGCAUUUUGUUUUAAUUAAACAUACUGAAUGAAAUGCAGUUUGAAAAGAGGAAAUGGAGCUGAGAUAUUUCUCCAAGACUGUUAAAUAUUAGAAUUAGAGGAAUUUUUGCUUUUCUCUGGUACUUUUCACUCUUGGAGUUGGUAUGUUUAAGUUAGUGAGGAGGGUAUUCUUCAAAGUGCCUUCCUUCAGUAAUUUUUUCCUUUAAUGUGAUUUAUAUGGGAAGACAGACUUUAAUAUUAGUAUACUUCAAUCAUUCGUCAUAAACCCCCUGUAAGUAAAUAGAUUUCGCAUGGAUACCGUGUAUCAGGAAAAUGGAAAUGCAAAGAAAACAAGAAGAUAGAGUUUCUAGUUAUAAGCUGGAAGUCUCAUGAAAGAAAUGAGACACUAUUAUUUUACAGUGUGGUGAAUGAAAGGAAUAAACUUACUGACGAUAAGAGAGAAUGAAUAAUAGGAAUAUAAUUAACUAAUGUAUGGUGCAAUCACAACGCAGUUCUAAAGAAAAUGCUGAAAAAAGGCAGAAAAGAAACAAGCCUUAAAGUAAAAUGUGUAGCUCGGGUUACUACCUAUUCAGUGCAAGAUAAGUGAUGUCCACAACCAAUGCAAAGGACUGGAUUUCACUUUUUUUCCAAAAUAAAAGCUCAUUCUUGUAAAA